AUGGAAUCCGAAAACCAGACAGCAGUAUCAGAAUUCAUCCUCCUGGGUCUCUUGGAGGAUCCAGAAUGGCUGCCUCUUCUCUUUGGGCUGUUUCUGACCAUGUACCUGGUCACCAUGCUGGGGAACUUGCUCAUCAUCCUGGCAGUCGGGUCUGACUCCCACCUCCACACCCCCAUGUACUUCUUCCUCUUCAACCCGUCCCUUGUAGACAUCUGUUUCAGCACCACUAUCGUCCCCAAGAUGCUGGUGAACAUCCAGACAGAGAGCAAAGCCAUCACCUAUGAGGGCUGCCUCGCUCAGGUGUAUUUUUUCAUGGUUUUUCUAUGUAUGGACAAUUUCCUGCUAAUGGUGAUGGCUUAUGACCACUAUGUGGCCAUCUGCCAUCCUCUGUAUUACGUGGUCAUCAUGAACCCCCGCCUCUGUGGCCUGCUGCUUCUUCUCUCCUUGCUCAAGAACGCCCUGUUCCACAGUCUGAUGGGGUUGCAACCGUCCUUCUGCACAGACUUGAAAAUCUCCCACUUCUUCUGUGAGCUUGCUCAGAUCCUCAAACUUGCCUGUUCUGAUACUCUUAUCAAUAACAUUCUGGUGUAUUUAGUGACCAGCCUGCUGGGGGUUGGUCCACUCUCAGGGAGAAUUUUCUCUUACACUCGAAUUGUCUCCUCCAUCCUGAGAAUCCCAUCAACUGGUGGAAAGUUCAAAGCCUUUUCCACCUGUGGGUCUCACCUGUCCGUUGUUUUCUUAUUCUAUGGGACUUAUGUUGGAGUCUACCUUAGUUCUGCAGCUUCCCUUUCCUCCAGGAGGAGAGCAGUAGCCUCAGUGAUGUACACGGUGGUCACUCCCAUGAUGAACCCCUUCAUCUGCAGCCUGAGGAACAGGGACAUGAAGUGA